CUUCCGCGUACGUGAUCAACAAGAAAUCAACUAAGGCGAUAGGACAGGAGAAACACAAAUGGCUACCAUACCAUUUUCUGUAAUAUCUGCGAAUUAAGACAUCUUUCAAAUCUAUCAACUCAUUGGUGUUCUGAAUGUGAACAGUCCCUUUGUUCAGAAUGUAAGGAGCAUCACGGCAUUGCCAAAUUAUUACGUAAUCAUAAGCUGAUACCCAUUGAAGAUUACCAGAAAUUACCUCCCUUUAUAUCGGAACUUCGUCAUAGUUGUCAAGAACACAACGAAAAUUACCAGCUGUAUUGUCCAACUCACGAAAUCGGUUUUUGCUACAAGUGUAUCAAAUUUCAUGGGAAAUGUGGAGCUGUUCCGCUAGAUGAUAUUUUGAUAGAUAUUAAAACCUCUGAAAUAUACAAGGACUUAGAACAAAUUAUGAUUGAUAUGCUAGAAAAUAUUCAAGAAAUUAAAAAUGACCGAGAGGCGAAUAUAUCGGAUAUCGAAGAAGAAAAGGAGAAACAACUUUCUGAGAUCCGUCAAAUGAGAUUACUAGCCAAUAAUCACCUUGACAAGCUAGAAGAAAAGUUCAAAACGGAAAUCGAACAAACAGUCAGGCAAACGACUGAAAAAAUCCGAAGGACAAUAUUGUUGGUUCACGAAACUGAAAACAUAAUAUAUAAGAAUAUAACAGACUUGAAUGAUAUUCAAUUUACGCGUCAGAACUCCAAACUUUUCUCGGAAUAAAAGAAAUGCAUAGUAAAAUAUCAGAAAAUGAAAAAAGUAUGCAGUCAUUACUUGACAAUGGUCUUUUACAGCAAAUACUUGUAAAAUCUGCAGUAGAUACACAUAUAGGUAAUUACUUAACUGAACUAAAAGUAUUCGGUUCUGUAGAGAUUCUUACAAAGCAAGAGAGGUUGUUGCUUAGGAACAGGAAAAACAAACAAGCACAACUCUUAGCAGUUCAAAAACCACUGUCUAUUCAAGACAUCACAUUGAAACGAAUAAAAACAUUGACAUCAUCAAAUGGUGGUGUAAUACGAGGUUUCUGUGUCACGUCAGAUAAACAUUUGCUUUUAACACACUACUCAGAAAGUAAACUAAGCCUAUUGGAUGUUCAUGGGUCCUGUCUAGCCUCUAUUCCAAUGAAAUAUAGCGACUCAUAUGAUGUAAUAUGUCUUGACAAUGACAAUGUUCUUGUGACAUCAGGUAAUUCUAACUACUGUGGAAUCAACAUAAUUCAUUUACCAACCAGGAAGAGAGUGAAGUUUAUCAAACUACCGGGAAAACCUUACAGCAUAGCAAGUACUGGUGAAAUGAUGUUCUGUGUUGUAGAAAACAUGGGUAUAUAUCAAAUUAACAAAAAAGAUUAUACAAUAUCAAAUUUCGUGAGAGGGAAUUUACCUUAUCAAUCAUUUGUAGCGAUUUAUGAAGACAAAAUAUAUUUUUCGAAUGACACAAGUUUUGUCAUAUGUACCAAUCAUUCUAGAGAAACACUAUGGAAACUCAAUUACGAAAGCAUCCUGAACCAGCCACGUGGUGCUACAUUUGACCAUAAUGGAAACCUGUAUAUAACUGGAGAGUAUACAUGUAAUGUUGUAGUCUUAACCAAUGAUGGUAAACAACAUAGAGAAAUCCUUACGAGUUCUGACUGUCUAAAUUAUCCGUCAGCAAUAUUUUUUGACAGAGAUAAAAAUAGAUUGAUUGUCUCCAAUGGCAACGAAAAACUUUUUGUUUUCAAAGUUUCUUGAGAGAGGAUCUAAAGAAAUUACAAUGAUGACAUCGUUAAAUGGUGGGAAUAAUUAAAUAUAUAUAUAGUUCUUCUAAUCAUUGUAGAAGAAAUUUAAGAUAAC